CACACACACACACAUCGGUUUACGGGUUGCACGUUUCACAUCAGUUUGUGGGUAACUGUGUGUGAAGUGUGAACCCAUACUACACCCCCACACACACACACCCACACACACAAAGCUGGUCCAGCUGUUCCCUUGGGUUGCCAUUAGUAGUUAAUAGCAUCAGGGAUGAAAGUGUCAGAGAGAGAGGCUUUAGGGCGAGCAACAGUGGAAAACCUGCAGAAAUGAUGUCAGAGUGACCACGUCCACCAAUUGGAGAGGAGAUUCCCAGUGAGAGCCUAUAAAACGGUGAAAGACAACACCAGGAACAAGCAAAGGGAGGGAAACUCUGAAUGUGAGAAAUUCCAGGAACUUUCACUGUCCGUCCUGUCCUGCGUGGCCACGAAAGAAUUGUGACUAAAGGUAAGAGGGGCUGAAGGACUCCGACCUUCUCCAACAUCGAAAAAAUGCAUCUAACACACACAGCGAUGAGCCUAGAUGCUGGGCUGUAGUUGUGUGCUGCUUUCCUGUCUGCUGACAGUGAUGUUGUUCAACUGCAGUGCUGAAAGCCUCCACUUGACCCAGGAAAACCCAGAGUAUGUGGAGACUGCUCCAAUGGAUAACCAUGGAGGUCAGCAUGGUCCGGUUGUGCAAAAGACUUCAAAGUCAGUCAGUGCUAAACUGCUCCUUCUGGACCAGUUGCUUAACCUGGAGAAUGAUGUCAUUGAGACCAAGAGAAAGAGGAGCUUCUCUGGCUCUAAUGCUCCACUGGACCGCCUGUCUAUCAGCACCAUGGACCCUAAGAGCAACAAGCAGAGGAAGGUGGUGGAGUUGCCGAGGCGAAGGGUCACCAUUCCAAUCGAUCGGAUUGGGGUGGGCCGUCUUCCCAAUAACCGGGGAUAGACUGUAUCUUAUAUAUAGGGGGUAUACUGCAAGUAGAAGACACAUGAAAAGCAUGCUAGUUUCAACACACAAUUGUCACAUAACUUUCAUUCAUUAUGUAUAACCUCCACAAUCCAAAAUUGCAAUAUUGCUACUGUCACUUCACUAUAGCUUUCCAAUCUUUGACCUUUUCCCAAACCCUGCACUCCAUCUAUCUCUGAUCUUGACCCACAUAUGUCCUAUUUUAAUGCAACACUUCAUUAAGCAUCCAAUGCAGUAAGCUCACCUGCACAUUAGCCUCAGUAUUUUCACUAUAUGGCACAUUCUUACAAAGUUGUUUUAGAAGAUGUUUUAGUGUCUUGGCCUCGUUUUGGAUGUCAAUGGGAGAAAUAGCACAACAUUAUUUACUCAUAAUGCCUCUGCUUCAGUCCUGCCUGUUACUCAUCUUCACUAGUACACACUUGCACACACACCCACACAGAGACACUCUAUAUUGAUUUGACUGAAGGCAUUACAUGUUAUGCCUUAACAUUAAACCAGAUUAAACAUGUAAA